AUGAAGAUCUGCAAGUGCGGCGGUGCCGUGCUGCAUCCGGCACCGCAGGCUCCAUCACGCGGAAAGGUGAACGAAAGCAUCUUCCUGGACGUGAGUGCGUAUGGCCGGAGGGAUGCAAAAGAGACAGGCCUGCCCGCCAUCUAUAGAACUCACACGCCAGGGGUCAUCUCCGAGACGGUCGUCAGCGACUUUGCAGAGGAGGCGAUCGCAGCUUUAGAAAAGCUUGGCCACAAUGUUUAUACAACGAUCUAUGCACCGAAGCAACGGCAAAACAACAAGAAAUGGACGAAGCUUCUCCAAAAGCGCAAUGUUGUGUUCAGACCGGUCGAUCGACAGCGACAGGAUGGGUGGACAGGCGAGGAGAUUGAUGAUGAAAUCAUUGCGGCUGUGCGGCAUCUAUGGAGCAAGAAGCAUGUGCAAUUCUUUGCAUUGUUGACUCGGGACAAUGGCUACCUGAACAUCAUUCAAGAUACUUUAUCUCAAGGUCAUCGGGUUAUAGUUCUGGCCGAGGAAAAUUGUCGUACGGUUCUCAAUCGGCAUGCAGAGGUCGGUGCACUUGUCAUGGCAAUACAAAGGGAGCAUGACCACGGCUGCAGGGUCCAAGCAGUUUUGCAUGCCGACGGCAGUGGCAGCGUUCGGCAAUGCAAGCUACAAGAGACUUUGCAGGAAACAUCAGAACACACUGCCGCUGCCUUGAUGCAGUUCUUCCAGGAAUUGGGCUACAGGCAGGAUUCUGGAUAUCUUGUUCAAUCUGCCACCAAGUUCUGGUUCGAAAAUACGAUGGGUGACCUCACUGUGUUUCCGCAAUGCCUGGCAUUGCAAACGGUAUAUGACGCCACGCUAUUGCACGGCAGUCACUCCUUCAAGAAAUACAAGAAUGAUCUGGCAUUCUUGUCGCCGGUAACGUCGAGGUCGGGCUCCAAAGUCAAGGCCCGCGCGGAGUAUGGGAGUAUGUCUGCAAAGGCAGUAUUCUGCGGAGGUGGUCCUUUCAUGUUGCGGGAUUCGACGGAGCUCACCAGUGAAGUGCUCCGAAGAUUGGGCUACCUCGAUGCUGGCUUAAAUUCAGACAUGUCGGAAGCAAUGGUGGCAUUCGUGAACAGGCCGGACAACAAGCACGUGUUACGAAAGCGCGACAUGUUGCCUUCGAAGCUGGACAGGCGGCAAGAUGUUGACGACAAGCUGAGGGCUGCAUUUCUAAGCAAUUGCACCAAGGGCUUCUGGCAGCUGCCAGCUACGGACCUCGAAAUCCAUCGGCUUCUCCAUCAGCAAAACCUUCUGACAUCAACUACGGCACACCGCCAGGUUGCGCUGCAGGCGAUGCAGAAGUAUGCCGAGCGGGAGGGGCUUCCUGUGCGGAAGACCUACAACCUGAAUGCUUUGCAGAUCAUGCACCAUGUGAACGGUAAUCCCACGAAAACUGGCUGGAUCGAUUUUCAGUAG